AUGAAAGCAAUCAUCCCUUCCUUUUCCAAAAGUGCAUUACGUGUAUCGUCAUCGUCGUUAUCAUCAUGCUCCUCUUCCCAGUUGCUUUUAAAGCACACAAGCAGCAGCAUGGCAACUCAACGAAAAUUCUCACAAUAUAAUCCAUUCAAUCUUAACUCUUCCGCAUCCACACUAUCAUCAUCAGCCACUUCAAUGAAUACAACCUCAUCCUCUCCGGUUGGCAACAAAUUGGAGCCCUCCAUUAAACUAGACAAGAGAGUCAGAGGAAUAUAUUUUGAUUUUGGUGCUACCACCAUGAUGGAUCCUCGAGUUUUGGAUGCCAUGAUGCCCUUCUUAACUGAAGUGUACGGUAAUCCACACUCCCGAACACAUGAAUUUGGAUGGGAUGCAGAGAGUGCUGUCGAAUUAGCAAGAAAACAUAUUGGAGACUUAAUCGGAGCAUCUCCAAAAGAGAUUGUGUUUACAAGUGGAGCUACAGAAUCAAACAACACAGCCAUCAAAGGUGUUGCUAGCUUUUACAAAGACAAGAAAAGACAUGUUAUUACUGUACAAACUGAACACAAGUGUGUUUUGGAUACUUGCAGACAUUUGGAAGAGGACGGAUUUCGAGUUACAUAUUUACCAGUGAAGAGCAAUGGAAUUGUUGAUUUAGAAGCACUUGAAAAAGCCAUCACACCCGACACAGCUCUCGUCAGCGUCAUGAUGGUUAACAAUGAAAUUGGAGUGCUUCAACCUAUCAAGGAAAUUGGUAAAAUUUGUCGAAAACACAAGGUAUUUUUGCAUACAGACUGCGCUCAAGCUUUUGGAAAAAUUCCAAUCAAUGUGGACGAUAUGAAUAUUGAUUUGAUGUCAAUUAGUGGUCACAAGAUUUAUGGUCCAAAAGGAAUUGGUGCUUUAUAUGUUCGAAGAAAACAACCAAGAGUGAGAAUUCAUCCUAUUAUUAAUGGAGGUGGACAAGAAGGUGGACGACGAUCUGGUACUCUUCCAGCACCAUUAUGUGUAGGACUGGGUGAGGCAGCAAGAGUGGCAGCCGAAGAAAUGGAUAGAGAUUAUCAACAUGUUUCCGAAUUGUCACAACGGUUAAUUAACAAUUUGAGAGCCAAGUGUGAACAUAUUGAAUUGAAUGGUGAUGAGAUUCAAAGAUAUCCAGGAAAUGUUAAUAUUAGUUUUGCCUUUGUUGAAGGAGAAAGCUUGCUAAUGGCAUUGAAUUCUGUUGCAUUGUCAUCAGGAAGUGCAUGUACAAGUGCUUCUUUGGAACCAAGCUAUGUUUUGCGUGCCUUGGGUGUGAAUGAAGAAUUGGCUCAUACUUCACUUCGUUUUGGUAUUGGUAGAUUUACUACCAAGGAAGAAGUGGACUACGUUGUGGAAAGAACUGCUGCAGAAGUUAUUAGAUUGAGAGAAGUGAGUCCUCUCUAUGAAAUGUUCAAAGAGGGUAUUGAUUUGUCAAAGAUCACAUGGAAUGAACAUUAA